CAUUUUGCUGGACAGGGCACAAGAGUUGACUGCACAGGACGAUGUUAACCCGCCACAUCUUACGCGUCCGUUGCCGCGUGCCUGUGGCGGUGGCAGCGCGAUGGAACUCUUCGUAUGAGAAACAGAACGAGACAGCUUUGGCACUGAUGCGUGAAACCUCGCGACUGGAGCGUGACGUGUUGCUGCCUCUGAACGACAAGCUGUACGGCCCGCUCAACCGUGCGGUGGAAGACAGAUUGCCAUCGCUGCCGUUUGUGUUCUUGCUGGGCAACCACUCUAGCGGCAAGUCAUCUUUUAUCAAUCACGUGUUGCAACGCGAAGUCCAAACCACGGGGGUUGCGCCAACGGACGACGGGUUCACGAUCAUUUCGAACGGCACGUCUGACCACGACCAAGACGGACCUGCUCUUAUUGGUGAUCCCGAUUUGGGCUUCUCUGGGCUGCGUCAAUUUGGACCCAACUUGAUCCAAAAGACCAACUUGAAAAUCCGCGCCAACAUCCCCAUUAGCAACCACUUUAUGAUGGUCGACUCACCAGGUAUGAUCGACAGCCCCGCGUCGUUCCAUGCGACCAGUGAGCAGGACCGCGGCUACGAUUUCCCCAAGGUGGUACAAUGGUAUGCCGAGCGUGCAGAUGUCAUCUUGCUCUUCUUCGACCCCGACAAACCCGGCACGACCGGGGAAACGCUCUCGAUUCUGACCAACUCGCUCGUCGGGAUGGACCACAAGCUCCACAUCGUGCUCAACAAAGUCGACCAAUUUCGCAAAAUCCACGACUUUGCACGUGCGUACGGGUCUCUUUGCUGGAACUUGUCCAAGGUUAUUCCGCUUAAGGAUUUGCCUCGCAUUUACACCAUGUGCAUUCCUGUGAAAGAACGUGGAGAUGGCUCGAAAACCACGGAAACCGGGCUCGGCAGCGCCCUCGAAGAUCUCGAAAGCAGUCGCAACGAAGUGAUCAACGCCGUCAUGCGCGCACCAGAACGCCGUGCUGACAACCUCAUCACGCGCGUCUACGACAGCAGCCGCAUGUUGGAAAUGCACGCCACGGUGGGAUCUAUUCCUUGGUUGCGUGUACGUGUCAAUGUAUUUUUUCAACAGGUGUUUGAGUCUGUUCGAGCCAAGUAUAGCCGUGAAAAGUGGAGUCGCUUCUUCGUCACAACGAGUGCUUUGGUGGGUGGAAAUGCGCUUGCUGCGACUGCAUUUAUGAGUGGACUGCCCGAAGUGGCAGCUGUGUCGUCUGUGGUGGCACUCGCGACGGCGUCCGGUCUGUCUUGGUUCUACCGGAACCACUUGGCUGAGCUGGAAAAGGACCUGACGAGCGAAGACGGUCUGACGCAGCACUUUCGCCGGUUGUAUGGUCGUCAACUGGCCGAGCGCGAUGAGUUUGUCUUCUCGAUCUGGCGCCGAGUUCUUCCCAGCUUGCAGGUGGCGCUCAAUACGCUGGGGUUUUCUAAGUUGCCCAAGGUCAAACCGGCCGAACUCAAGGCGUUGCAAUCGAUCGUGAACGACGACAUUCCCCGCCUUCGCCGACAAGCAGCCCCCACGGAAGCCAGCGUUGCCCAUCAAGUGGCGAAACUCCUGCGCCGCGGGUUCUAGACUAACCACAAUGCACUUGAAAGCGAGUCCCUUUCAUUAACUCUGGCUAAUCGUCGAACACAACCUUCUUUCCCGCAUACGCGUGGAUUGCAACC